AUGAUAGCCCUACGGACACCCAUCUCGCUCCUUCACCUCGGCGCCGCCGCCGCCGGCCAGAGGAAGCGAUGCACCGGAGGCCACAGGAGGCGCGGCCACGCGCAGCGCCGCCACUUGAGCGGGGCGCCCGAGAGCCUCUGGAGGCGCAGACCCCGCCCUCCCCGUUCUCCCGCGCCAACCGCCGCCGCCACCCGCAGCGAGUCCAACACCUCGUCGCAGCCACCGCCCCUUGAGAACGCUGCCUUCGAGGAGUACUACAAGGAGCAGCGAAUCGUUCGCGAAGAGGAGUGGGACGCCUUCAUGAGCGUGCUCCGGAGACCAUUGCCAGCCACUUUUAGGGUCAAUGCUAGCUGCCGGUUUUUGAAAGACAUUUGCUCCAGAUUAGAAAAUGACUUCAGGAGAUCUUUGGAAAAUGAGGUUAGUGAUGAAUGUGGAGAAUAUGCUCUCAGUCCCCUGCCUUGGUAUCCAGGCAAUCUUGCAUGGCAUUUGAACUUAUCUCGGAAGCAACUGAGGAAGAAUCCUGCACUUGAGAGUUUUCAUGAGUUUCUAAAGCACGAGAGUGAGGUUGGUAACAUAACCAGGCAAGAGGCUGUUAGUAUGGUGCCACCACUAUUUCUGAAUGUACAAGCUGGCCACCAUAUUCUUGACAUGUGUGGUGCUCCAGGAUCUAAAACGUUCCAGCUACUUGAGAUGAUUCAUCAAUCAAAAGAGCCAGGGCUACCUCCAACAGCGCUGGUCAUAGCUAAUGAUUUAAAAGUACAAAGAUGCGACGUCCUCAUCCAUAAUACAAAGAGAAUGUGCACUGCCAACCUGAUAGUGACAAACCAUGAAGCACAAAGCUUUCCCAGUUGUUCUCUUGCGAAGGAUGAUUCAGAAGCUUACAAAGAUCACUGCAAACCACAAAGGCUAGAAUUCGACCGUGUACUAUGUGAUGUCCCCUGUAGUGGUGAUGGAACACUCCGGAAGUCUCAUGACCUUUGGAGAAAGUGGAGCUCAAGCAUGGGGAACGAAUUUCAUCUUCUCCAAGUAAACAUUGCUAUGCGUGGUAUUGCCUUACUUAAAGUGGGUGGUAGGAUGGUUUACUCAACUUGCUCAAUGAAUCCUGUCGAAAAUGAAGUUGUUGUAGCCGAGCUUCUCCGGAGAACUGGAAGCUCUGUUGAACUACUUGAUGUUUCUAAUGAGCUACGAGAAUUGGUCCGCCGCCCUGGACUUAGCACUUGGAAGGUGAAUGAUAGAGGAUCUUGGUUUCAGACUUAUGAAGAUGUUCCUGACAGUAGGAAGAAUAUAAUAUUGCCUAGCAUGUUUCCUUCAAGGACAAGCAUCCACGAAGGCCAUACAGUGUAUAACAGCUUUGAUGUUAAUUCAGAGUACAAUGUGCCGUUCUCAAGAAAUUUCAACAUUGGAGAUACAAACAAUGUUAAUUGUGAUACAGGUGGCAUUUCAAAUAGUAAUUCUGUUCAAAGCUUGGGUUCAAAAUUUCCUCUGCAUCGUUGCAUGAGAAUUGUUCCUCAUGACGAAGACGGUGGGGCAUUUUUCAUUGCAGUUAUUCAUAAACUGUCCCCGUUGAAUGAAAACCAGGUGAUCAAGGUGAGAAAAACUGAGAACCUGCUAUCAACAAACAGGACAGUGAAACUUCAGGAGCAAUGUCAGCAUAGAAUUGUUUCUGAAGCUCUUGAUGAUAAGAAGUUGCUUGAUGGACAGAAUAAAUUAAGCGUGGCCAACCAAACUUCAAAGGAUGACAACCGUAUUGAAGUUAAGGUGGUAUCUGAUGAUGUAGAAUAUAGUCAGACAGAAUCAGGCGAUAGAAGUCAUAGAAUGGAUAAGUUGGAUUAUCAACACAAGUGGAAAGGAAUUGAUCCAGUCCUAUUUUUCAAAGAUGAGGCUGUGAUAAAAAAUAUAGUAUCUUUCUUCGGUAUCGAGGAAUCGUUUUCACUAGAAGGUCAUCUGGUGACAAGAAGUACUGAUAAUGCAAGGAGAAUGUACUAUGUAUCAAAAUCAGUACGAGACAUUUUAGAACUGAAUGUACAAGUUGGUGAGCAGAUUAAAAUUGCUUCUCUUGGCGUAAAGAUGUUUGAAAGGCAUAGAUCAAAGGAUGGAUGUUCAUGUGCAUAUAGGCUAUCUUAUGAGGGGCUGUCAUUGCUCUUCCCAUACAUGAGGAAGCGGAUACUACACGCAUCUCCAGUCGACUUCCAGCAUCUUUUACAAUAUCGAACCAUUAACUUUGCUUGUUUUGCCGAUGCUAGAUUCGGGGAGGAGGCUUCAUCUUUGAUGCCUGGUUGCUGCGUUGUAGUGCUGCGUGAAGGGUGUCAAGUUGCGGAUUCCAUAGCCAAGGACCCCUCCCCAAUCGCCAUUGUUUGCUGGAGAGGAAAGGCGACUAUGAAUGUUUUGGUUUCUCCGGCCGAUCGGAAGGAACUGCUAGAAUAUCGCUUUGGGUUCAAAGCAUUCAAAGUCGAAGAUGAGAAAUCCAACAAAGAAAUCGAUGCAUUAGCUGAAGGGAGCCUAUAA